AAGCGCUAUUUUAUGGAAGCGGCCGAUACGCGUGCUCUCUACAUCAGUAUUUGAUGCAAACUGCAAACGCCCGGGCGGUGCAUUUUGAGGCGUCAUUCGUCACUUCGUCAGUUACCGCUCAGGACGCCGUUGUUCUAGACGUCUCGGAGUGCUACUAACUAUCCAAAAUGUCGAGUCCGAGUCAAUCAGCGCCGCUGCUGGUGAAUGGCGUGCAGUCCCCGCCCGCGCAGCUUGACGUACCCGAAGCGCAGCUCGACGUGCUCGAAGCGCAGCCCGACGUACCCGAAGCGCAGGCUGGCCUGCUCGAAGCGCAGGCUGGCGUGCCCGACGCGCUGCCCGCCGUGCCCGACGCGCUGCCCGCCGUGCUUGAAGCGCAGCCCGGCGUGCCCGAUGCGCAGCCCGACGUGGCCGAAGCGCUGCCCGCCGUGCUUGAAGCGCAGCCCGGCGUGCCCGAUGUGCAGCUCGACGUGGCCGAAGCGCAGCCCGACGUGGCCGAAGCGCUGCUCGCCGUGCCUGAAGCGCUGCUCGCCGUGCCUGAAGCGCAGUCCCCGGCGCAGCCUGCCCUCGCCGCGCAGAAUGACAUGCCUGCCCAGCCAAACGUGCCCGCUGUCCCCGAAGCGCUGCCCGCCGGGCCCGAAGCUCCACCCGCUGUGCCCACCACGCACGCACGAGCUCCCGUACCAGUCGCGCCUGUGAAUGGAGAGUCAGUGCCGCACGCGGAGCACGACCAGCCGAUACAACCAGCGCCGCCGCAACCGACGCCGGCACCAAGGCGCACAUUAUUUCUUUCGCAGGCACAACUGCUGGAGGCACAGGAAAUGUUCCGGACCGCGAACCGCGUCACAAGACCUGAAAAAGCUUUUAUACUCGGCUUCAUUGCUGGAUCAAGGGCUUCUCCUAAUCCUGAGCUGGGUCAUAUAAUAUCGAUAAAACUCUCAGAUAAUCACGAGAAUGUGAUGCAAUCUGAUGACACCUUCAUCACGAUGGUGGCGGAAAUCCACUUCCAAAUGAAUUUCAGCACUGGUCAAUGGUGUCGCGUCAAGAGGUACCGGCCACUAGAGGGCGCUGUCCCACAAAAGAUAAUGCCCGGCUUCCCUAUCAACCAAAAUGGCAAUUAAAAUUAAACAAAAUUAUUGACGGUUGUUUCUUUGCCAAUAUCUAUAUGUAUUUAUACUACCUGUGCCCGCGGCUCCGUCCGGACGACUUCUGUCAUCUGGUAGCAUUUUA